AGACAGCUAAACAAGUGAAAACAUAACAUCUAAAUCAAUGUACAGACAGAGAAAAGCCACCAAACACACGGUUUAAAACCCCGCUCACCCGGCGCGGAAACUAAAUCGAGCGUACCGUUCUGUCUGGGCUUGGUCUGUGGUUCGUUCCGUUUCCGCCCUGUCAUCCUGGCUUUUCUCCGGUCCUCGGGGCCCAAUUCCAGAAGAGGACAGCUAAACAAGUGAAAACUGUUUAUUAGCUAAACUGACUACAGUCUAUUAGCUCAAAUCUUAAGUAAAUCACAGCGCCAGAUCGGUGUACCUCGGAGACAAAGAGAGGAGGAGGGGCGGGGUUUCAGGAGUUUUACAUGAGACGAGAUAUUGCUUCCUAGUUAAGCUUACUGGUGUGUGUGUGUGUGUAGAUGUGUGACAGCGGUGUGUGUGAAGACAAGCCCCCCGCUCCCCCUGUCAGAAUGAACAGCCAAGGAGGCGGAGCCAAGGACUCCGUGUCGGGCAACUACAACUCUCGGUCCCUCCCCUCUGUUCCUGAGGAGAAACAGAAACGAAAUAAAAUCAUCUCCAUGUUCGCCUCCGAGAAAGGAGGCAGGAAGAAGGAUCGUGAUAAGGACAACAGACCAGAGAUCUCCUCUCCGUCAGACUUUGAACACACCAUCCAUGUGGGCUUCGACGCCGUCACAGGAGAGUUCACAGGUAUGCCGGAGCAGUGGUCCAACCUGCUCCAGACGUCUAACAUCAGUAAAUCGGAGCAGAAGCAGAAUCCUCAGGCUGUUCUGGACAUUCUCAAGUUCUAUGACUCCUCCACCGCAAAACAGAAAUACCUCUCCUUCUCAGAAAAAGAUGCACAGUCGCCUGGAAAGCAGGGUGCCACGUCCUCGCCAUCCGGCGGUAAAGACGGUGAAGAUGAUGACGAUGAUGGAGACGAAGCUCCGCCCCCUAUUGUGGCACCACGGCCUGAGCACACCAAAUCAGUGUACACCAAGUCUGUCAUCGACCCACUUCCUCCGCUGCCAGAGCCUGACUCCGCCUCCAACAGGAACAAGAAGAAACAGCAGGGCAAGAUGACUGAUGAGGAAAUCAUGGAGAAACUACGAACCAUCGUCAGUAUUGGAGAUCCCAAGAAGAAGUACACACGCUAUGAGAAGAUCGGCCAGGGAGCGUCUGGUACUGUCUACACAGCCAUCGAUGUUGCCACUGGUGCAGAGGUAGCUAUCAAACAGAUCAACCUCCAGAAACAGCCGAAGAAGGAGCUGAUCAUCAACGAGAUCCUGGUGAUGAAGGAGUUACAACAACCUAACAUCGUCAACUACGUAGACAGUUUCCUGGUAGGUGAGGAGUUGUUUGUGGUGAUGGAGUAUCUGGCUGGAGGUUCGCUCACGGACGUUGUCACGGAAACAUGCAUGGACGAGGCUCAGAUCGCUGCCGUGUGCAGAGAGUGUCUGCAGGCUCUGGAGUUUCUCCAUGCCAACCAGGUGAUCCACAGAGACAUCAAGAGUGACAACGUGCUGCUGGGCAUGGACGGAUCUGUCAAGCUCACUGACUUUGGGUUCUGUGCCCAGAUCACUCCAGAGCAGAGUAAAAGAAGCACCAUGGUGGGGACUCCCUACUGGAUGGCUCCUGAGGUGGUGACCAGGAAGGCCUACGGACCCAAGGUGGACAUCUGGUCCCUGGGCAUCAUGGCUAUAGAGAUGGUGGAGGGAGAACCCCCUUACCUCAACGAGAACCCACUCAGGGCCCUCUACCUGAUAGCCACCAAUGGGACUCCAGAGCUCCAGUCUCCAGAGAAGUUAUCUCCAGUGUUCAGGUCCUUCCUGUCCCGCUGUCUGGAGAUGGAUGUAGAGAAGAGAGGAGGGGGGAAAGAACUACUGCAGCAUCCAUUCCUAAAGCUGGCCAAGCCUCUCUCCAGCCUCACCCCUCUCAUCCUGGCAGCCAAGGAGGCCAUGAAGAGUAACCGCUAACCCUGGUUAGCCACAGAUACACUGGAUUCCUAUGUCUCUAUGUAAGCCUGAGUGCUAACUACUAGCCUUACCAGCUAACUUCCAGCCCUACUGUGCCAACUCGUCAGUGCCUCUCUGUAACUGACAGCAUCUCCUCCUUGAUGCUAGCACCCUGGCUCGUACACCUACAAGUCACACAAGUCGGCUUCCUGCUCUGUUUGAUUCCCCUUCCCCUCUGUCCUUCACCCCUCACUCCAUAUCACACACCAGUCUUCCUAUGUCUUUUACCCCCUCCCUGUCUGUCCC